AUGUCAUUGCAGAGGCUUGAGAGGGAGGCUCUGGGAAGGAGUCCAGAACCUGAGCAAGAACAUCUAUCCUGCCACCCACCAGAGGCCUCAUGGCAGAUAGAGGCUGGUAGCCCCUCCUUUAUAAACCUCAAUAAGGAAAAAGUAAAGGAUGGGUCAUUUCUGAAACAAAUGAGUCCAGACUACCUUCUGAGUUCUCUGUGGAAUAUGUUAAAGUCACUGGGUGACAAGCAGAACACCCUAACCCCACAGUCCUUCUGGAGCAUGAAAGACAAACCAGAGCAGUUGCCCGGUCCUCAGAAGCUCUCUUAUCCCAAGGUCUUGGAGGACCAUUUACAGCAGAAAUGCAGCCUGCUCUCCUGGGGCCUUCCCUCUCUCCACUGCGAGUCCCUGGUGGCUACCACCUGGAAGCAGUCACCAUCUUUCAUCCCAACUAAAAAUCAGCACCUGGAAUGGCCCUCACAGAAGCGAAUGAAACAGAGUAAGGCUUUAUCCUCUGCGUUCAAAGAAUCUCAGGAAGUCUUUAGCCAACCCACUCCCAACCUUCACCAGACCCACAAGUCAGCCUCCAUCCUUCCUGGGGAUUCAAACAGUGAAAGCAGCAAGAGUGCACAGAAGAUGGAUAAGUUCAAAUUAAAGAAAGACCCAAGCAAGAAUCUAGGGCAAGAUCAAGAUCAUGUCCUAGAAGAUCUACCCGAGGAUUCAGGAAGCACCUCAGUGAAUGUUCUGGAGGGCCCAGACAAGCACCAUCUAGAAAAGACCCUGAAAGUCCACUUGGGCCAGAAGUUGGGGGAGAUCAAUGAGGGCAUGAUCUCUGGGAGUGCGUGUUGA